AGCGAGUUGUUCACACGGAACCGAUUCGUGCGCGAGUCAUCUAUAUCUACGCUCUGAUAGGGGAAAAUGGCGUUUUGAGAAGAGCUAAAGAUUUUAAAAACGUCCUCAUCUACAAACCGGUGUUAUACAGGGUUUCCCAAUGUCCGUGGCCAAUGCGAAACAGGCCAUUUUCAACCCGGUAAUUCCUUUCACAGGACUCAUCCCAGGUGGGCUUCAGGCCGGGGAGAUGGUUGUAGUUCAGGGCUGUGUCCUCAAUCAUGCUGACAGGUUCCAGUUUGACCUGACCUGUGGCAGCAGCACGAAGCCCCGAGCUGACAUCGCUUUCCACUUCAACCCCCGCUUCAGGAGCUCUCCGUGCAUCGUUUGCAACUCCUUACAGCAAGGUAGCUGGGGCAGAGAGGAGAUUCUCGAUCAGAUGCCCUUUAAGCAAGGAGCGUCCUUUGAGACAAUCAUUCUAGUACAGGAAGAUGUGUACAAGGUGGCAGUAAACGGAGCUCAUGUCCUGGAGUAUCAGCACAGAAUCCCUCUGCACAGGGUCGACACGUUCUCCGUAUCAGGAAAAGUUCAAAUACAAGCCAUUGGCUAUGUCCCAAGCUCAGCAAUAUUUUCAGAAUCAGGUGAUUUGAGUAUACCCUACAGGGGCAGUAUACUUAAAGGGCUCAGUCCUGGACAGCACAUUACAAUUAAGGGCCACGUCAGCUUAUUUCCUCACAGUUUCUCUGUAAACCUGAGGUGCAGCGAGUCAAAAAACAUCGCCCUACACCUGAACGCACGGAUCAAAUCAGGCACGCUGAUCCGCAACUCUUUCUUAAGCGAGUCUUGGGGACCGGAGGAGAUAGAGCUGACAUACUUCCCGUUCACAGCUGGGAAAUACUUUGAGAUCAUCAUCCUGUGCCAGACUCACCAGUUUAAAAUCGCUGUGAACGGAGAGCAUCUGCUGGAGUACAGACACCGAGUGCAGGACCUGAGCUCCAUCACCCAGCUGGAGGUCCUCGGAGACCUGGACUUACAGGACAUUAAGCUCUGGUGACUCUCAGAUCAGUAACAGCACAUGCUCACUUCAGCACUUCUGUCUUUCUUUCUUUCUUUUUUUUUUUUUUAACAGCCAAUUAACGAAUACACAGCUGUGUCACUGAAAGAGAACGCCCAAUGCACACCACUGCAUGUGAGGAAAGGGCUGCGUUUCCAAAACAUGAUCUGAGACCUGGAUCCAUGGAACUUUUUUCCAUAGUGUUGCAAUUAGCUAAUCGAAUUAAAAAAUAUAUACAUAUAUAUAUGUACAUAAUCAAUGGCUACUUACUUGCCUUAUGUCACAAUGACAUAAAAACAUGUAUUAAAAAAGUCAGGGUACAUUUUAUGAGACGAGACAGUCUGAAAAAAAUGCACAGAGGAUUUACUAUCGACUCGAAAAGCUGUUAUAAAAGCUAUUAUCUGGAUGAGUGAAGAUGCUGGACAUGGCAUCUGUAAGGCAUAGUCAAUAAUUUUUAUUUAAAGCUUUAAAGUGACAUUACAGUGGUUGAGAUGAACCACUAUUAAAGUUGCUAUACAGUUAAAUGAGCAAGAACUGAUUACAAGUGAUUAAUCUUAAACGUGGAAGUUGAAGAGUUUUAUUUUAAAUUGGAGUUGAAGUUGUCUCAGUUAGUGCAUAAUUUUAUGCAAAACACUACUGCUUUUAAAACGAUCAGUGCUGCAUCAAUCAGCCCUGAUGUUACAGUGAUGAAAUUAUAGUUAUUAUAGUUAUAAGCCUAACUGACUGGUCAUUGCAUUGAAUCUAAAACUCAAUAACCUCAAUGACAGUAAAAUAAAUAUAUAAUAAAAAUGUCAGCUUGAAUCUAACAGCAGUUGUGAUAAAACUAGACGGAGUGCUGCUCAGAGAAUAUCAAAUGUUAUGAAAGUGUAACUGGUUUGGGGUUUCUGGAUAGAAAUGUUAGGAAUAGAAGUUGAAAUGGCUCCAAUAAAUAAAUACGAGGGUACAUAUUUCCCUAAUGUGCCUAAUAUUUAAGUAUGAAGGAUUAUACAUAUGAAAAAAAUGUACUGCAUUCUUCAGGGGGUCGGUGGAUUUUGUUUAAUACUGAAUGCAACAACUAGAAUAAUGAACAAAUCAGAAUGCUGUUGUGUUAAACGAACAUGGUGGAGAACCUGAGAAGAGUGAACAACAUGAUACGAAUGGACUGCACUCACAAUGAGGGAUAAUUCUACAGUUUUUACACCCAUCAUGUUCAGUUUUGGUUAAAAUGGAGGACUGUAUAAGCAGUUUGCAAAGAGUGCAAAUGUAUUGUUACGGAGUAACAGUAUUAUUAUAAUUAAUGUGCUUUAUACUUAUGUAUUUAAUAAAGCAUGUGAUAAACA